GCAGUCUGCGUAAAGUUUUGGCGUAGAAGAGGCCCAGGUAAAAGGAAGUGGUCCCCCCGUGGACGAGUAGCCACCAAAUCGGGACAACAGGACUAAAUGAUAGCGAGGCUAUCCCACGAAUGAGCUCGCCUUUUAAUCGGGACGAUCACGCAAGAAAAGGAGUCGUUUGACGUGUUUCUUCCUAAAUGUGGGGAAACAUCAGGAGUUGAUUGAGACUGACUAUCAUGAAGCCCAGAUUAAGUUCUGCCUUCAUUUAUAGAAAGUCCCACUUCUUACCUUGAACUUCUGCAACGGAGAAGAUGAUGAAAUGAGAUAAAGUGGACAGCUGGAGGAGCCCCGCCCCCUCACCUCCACGUCUUUGAAGCAUGGCAGGCCUACAGCUUGUCACUCCUGCCACGUCACCCAUGGGGCCUUUCUUUGGUCUGCCAUGGCAGCAGGAGGCUAUCCAUGAUAACAUCUAUACCCCCAGGAAAUAUCAGGUUGAACUUCUAGAAGCAGCUCUUGAACACAACACUAUUGUCUGCUUGAAUACCGGCUCAGGGAAGACCUUUAUCGCAGUACUUCUAACAAAAGAGCUCUCCCACCAAAUCCGAGGAGGUUACCAAGACCGUGCAAAGAAAACGGUUUUCCUGGUGAACACAGUCUCGUGUGUGAUUCAGCAAGCCGCUGCGGUCAGGACUCACUCUGACCUCCUGGUGGGAGAGUACACAGAUUUGGAGGAGACUUUAGCAUGGCCUGACCAACAAUGGAGUCAGGAGUUAAUGGAGAAUCAGGUGCUGGUCAUGACUUGUCACAUCUUCCUGCACGUUCUGAGGAAUAAAAUCUUACCGUUGUCUAAAAUCAACUUGGUGGUGUUUGAUGAUUGUCACCUGGCCAUCACCGACCACCCUUACUGUGACAUAAUGAAGCUGUUCGAGGGCGGCUCGGGAAGCCCCCGCGUCCUGGGUCUCACAGCUUCGAUUCUCAAUGGGAAAUGUGACCCGUCCGAACUGGAGCAGAAGAUCCAGAAUCUGGAGAGAAUCCUGAAGAGCAACGCUGAAACUGCCACCGACCUCGUGGUCUUAGACAGAUACGCCUCUCAGCCAAGAGAAGUGGUGCUCGACUGUGGCCCCUAUGUGGAUAAGAGCGGCCUCUCCUCCCGUCUGCAGGCAGAGCUGGACGAAGCUCUCCACUUCCUGAAUGACUGUAACAUACCUUUCGCCAGAGAGGACCGUGAUCCCACAUUCAUCUCCAAACAGGUCCUGAGCGAUUGCCAGGCCGUCCUGCAGGUGCUGGGCCCCUGGUGCGCAGACAAGGCGGCGGGCAUCAUGGUGCGCGAGCUCCAGAAGUACAUCAAGCACGAGCAGGAGGAGCUCAACCGCAAGUUCCUGCUGUUCACGGACACCAUCCUGCGGAAGGUGCACGCCCUGUGCGAGGAGCACUUCUCCCCCGCCUCCCUCGACCUCAAGUUCGUCACCCCCAAGGUCCUCCGGCUGCUGGAGAUCCUGCAGGAGUACAAGCCGUUCGAGCGGCAGCAGUUCGAGAGCGUGGAGUGGUACAACAACCGCAACCAGGACAACUACGUGUCCUGGAGCGACUCGGAGGACGAGGACGACGACGAGGAGGUGGAGGCCAAGGAGCGGCCGGAAGCCAACUUCCCCUCGCCGUUCACCAACAUCCUGUGCGGGAUCAUCUUCGUGGAGAGACGUUACACGGCUGUCGUCCUCAACCGUCUCAUUAAGGAGGCAGGCAAGCAAGACCCGGAGCUCACUUAUAUCAGCAGCAACUUCAUCACCGGCCACAGCAUCGGCAAGAACCAGCCACGAAACAAGCAGAUGGAGGUGGAGUUCAGGAAGCAGGAGGAGGUUCUUCGCAAAUUCCGGGCUCAUGAAACCAACCUGCUGAUUGCGACCAGCAUCGUGGAGGAAGGCGUGGAUAUUCCAAAGUGUAACCUGGUGGUGCGAUUCGACCUGCCCACAGAGUACAGGUCCUACGUUCAGUCCAAAGGCAGAGCCCGGGCGCCCGUCUCCAACUACAUCAUGCUGGCCGACACCGAGAGGACCAAAGCUUUCGAGGAGGAUCUCACCACCUACAAAGCCAUAGAAAAGAUCUUGAGGAAUAAGUGCUCCAAGUCGGUGGAGGUGAGCGAGUUUGAGGUGGAGCAGGUGCUGGACGAUGACAACAUCCUCCCUCCUUACGUCCUUCGGUCUGAGGACGGAGGUCCCCGAGUCACCAUCAACACAGCCAUCGGCCACAUCAACAGAUAUUGUGCCCGGCUGCCCAGUGACCCGUUCACACACCUCGCACCCAAAUGCAAAACUGCAGAAACGGGGGACGGACGCUUCCAGUCCACUCUCUACUUACCCAUAAACUCCCCUCUGCGAGUUCCUGUGAAGGGUCCUGUGAUGAACUGUGCCAGACUGGCAGAGAAAGCAGUUGCACUCGUUUGCUGUGAGAGACUGCACAAAAUAGGUGAGCUGGACGACCACCUCAUGCCUGUGGGGAAGGAGACCGUAAAGUAUGAGGAGGAGCUGGACCUUCACGACGAGGAGGAGACCAGCGUCCCGGGCCGGCCAGGCUCCACCAAGAGGAGGCAGUGUUACCCUAAAGCCAUACCAGAGUGUCUGCGGGACAGCUACGCCGUGUCGGAGCAGCCCUGCUACCUGUAUGUGAUCGGGAUGGUCCUGACCACCCCUCUGCCCGACGAGCUCAACUUCCGCCGGAGGAAGCUGUAUCCACCUGAAGACACCACCAGGUGCUUCGGCAUCCUGACUGCCAAACCCAUACCUCGAAUUCCCCAUUUCCCAGUGUACACCCGCUCGGGCGAGGUGACCAUCUCCAUCGAGCUGCAGAAGUGCGGCUUCACGCUCACCGCCGCCCAGCUCGAUCUCAUCACUCGCCUGCACCAGUACAUCUUCUCCCACAUCCUCCGCCUGGAGAAACCUGCACUGGAGUUCAAGCCCAUGCUGGCUGACUCGGCUUACUGCGUUCUACCUCUGAAUGUUGUUGGGGACUCCAACACUCUAGAUAUGGACUUUAAGUUCAUGGAGGACAUUGAGAAGUCUGAGGCCCGCACUGGCAUUCCUACUACUCAGUACACCAAGCAGAAUCCCUUCACCUUCAAACUGGAGGAUUACCAGGAUGCUGUCAUCAUUCCAAGGUAUCGUAACUUUGACCAGCCUCAUCGCUUCUAUGUCGCUGAUGUGUACACAGACUUGACGCCACUCAGCAAGUUUCCUUCGCCAGAGUAUGAGACAUUCGCUGAGUACUACAAAACCAAGUACAACCUGGACCUGUCCAACCUGAACCAGCCGCUCCUGGAUGUGGACCACACCUCCUCCAGGUUGAACCUAUUAACCCCUCGGCAUUUGAACCAAAAGGGCAAAGCGCUGCCGCUGAGCAGCGCUGAGAAGAGGAAGGCCAAGUGGGAGAGUCUCCAGAACAAGCAGAUCCUGGUUCCAGAGCUCUGUGCCAUCCACCCCAUUCCUGCCUCCCUGUGGAGGAAGGCAGUGUGCCUGCCCAGCAUCCUGUACCGCCUCCACUGCCUGCUGACCGCCGAGGAGCUGCGAGCCCAGACAGCCAGCGAAGCCGGAGUGGGAACACAGACCCUCCCCCCUGAUUUCAGAUAUCCAAACUUGGACUUCGGCUGGAAGAGAUCUAUCGACAGCAAGACGUUCAUCUCUUGUUCCGAGUCCUGCAGCGAGGAAGGCGACGGCCACUGUAAGCACCAAGAGACUGUAACCCCCGAUCCCAGCUCCCUGACGCAUCCAAGUAGUGACCACUCUGCGUCGGCCGAGCGGGAGCCACUGUCAGCCCCCGAACCCCCCGAAGCAUGCAACAGGACCCUCACUAAUGGCACUGGCCCAGAAGUCGACUGUGACGGCGACUGCCACCAAGACGAGCACCUUCACCAACAUGACAAUUGCCAAUGGAGCCAGCCCAGCUCCUCCGGGCCGCAGAGCCCCGAAUCAAUACAAGCCACUACCUCAGAUCUUGUGCAGCCCCCUCACAGCUUGAAGAAGCCCAGGUCCAGUCCUCCGCAGCCUAGUGAUGAAUGUACACCAGGGAGGACGGCAGACCUCACCAAUGAAGCUACCUCAGUCUGCAGCCCAGCAGCCACGGGUCCCAGCGCACCCACAGCACCUUCUCCUGACCUCGCUGAGGACUCCCAGCACAGAUCCCAGGCAGGGGACUCCCCCAAGAGGUUGGGGCCCAACCCAGGCCUUAUCCUGCAGGCCUUGACCCUGUCCAACGCCAGCGACGGCUUCAACCUGGAGCGGCUGGAGAUGCUCGGCGACUCUUUCCUGAAGCACGCCAUCACCACGUACUUGUUCUGUACCUACCCCGACGCUCACGAAGGGCGCCUCAGCUACAUGCGCAGCAAGAAGGUGAGCAACUGUAACCUGUACCGCCUGGGGAAGAAGAAAGGACUUCCCAGCAGGAUGGUGGUGUCCAUCUUCGACCCCCCCGUCAACUGGCUGCCUCCUGGAUAUGUGGUCAACCAGGACAAGAGCAGCACCGACAAACUGGAUUCAGAAAAGGCCAAAGAGGAGCUCCUGGCCAACGGGCAGUCCGGGACCGACUUCGACGAGGACGACGAGGACGGCGAGGACAUGGACGAAGACGGCGAGCUGAUGCUGAAGGACGAGCCGAAGGACGAGGUCAACAUGGAGGACGACCUGGAGUAUUACAAGGAGCACAUCCGCUUCAUCGACAACAUGCUGCUGGGCUCCGGGGCGUUCGGGAAGAAGAUCUCCCUGAGCGGCUUCCCGCCGUCCCUCAGCCCGGCGCCGGGCUCCUCCUCCUCCACCACCAUGGAGUCUCCGUACGAAUGGAAGGCGCCGAAGAAGCCCCUCCACCCCGCCGCGGCGCACUACCCGCCGGAGCAGGCGCCCAGCGGGCCGGCGGCCGAGGAGUUCGACUACAGCUCGUGGGACGCCAUGUGCUACCUGGACCCCAGCAAGGCCGGCGAGGAGGACGACUUCGUGGUGGGCUUCUGGAACCCGUCGGAGGAGAACUGCGGCACGGAGCUGGGGAAGCAGUCCAUCUCCUACGACCUGCACACCGAGCAGUGCAUCGCCGACAAGAGCAUCGCCGACUGCGUGGAGGCCCUGCUGGGCUGCUACCUGACCAGCUGUGGAGAGAGAGCCGCCCAGAUGUUCCUCUGUUCGCUGGGCCUCAAGGUGUUGCCGCUGGAGAGGGGGACCCCGAGCGGCGCGGCGGAGCCCGGCCGCGACCGCGCGGCCGCCGACGUGUCCUACGGCUGGCUGAAGAUCCCGCCCCGCUGCAUGCUGGAGCACCCGGACGCCGAUCAGACGCUCAACCACCUCAUCUCCGGCUUCGACAACUUCGAAAGGAAGAUCAACUACACCUUUCAGAACAAGGCGUACCUGCUGCAGGCCUUCACCCACGCUUCCUACCAUUACAACACCAUCACAGAUUGUUACCAGCGGCUGGAGUUUCUUGGCGAUGCAAUUCUAGACUACCUCAUAACAAAGCACCUUUACGAAGACCCGCGGCAGCACUCCCCCGGCGUGCUGACCGACCUGCGCUCGGCGCUCGUCAACAACACCAUCUUUGCCUCUCUGGCCGUCAAGUACGACUACCACAAGUACUUCAAGGCCAUCUCGCCGGAGCUUUUCCACGUCAUCGACGACUUCGUGCAGUUUCAGCUGGAGAAGAACGAGAUGCAGGGCAUGGACUCCGAGUUGCGACGCUCUGAGGAAGACGAGGAGAAGGAGGAAGACAUCGAAGUCCCCAAAGCCAUGGGGGACAUCUUUGAGUCGCUGGCCGGAGCGAUUUACAUGGACAGCCGGAUGUCUCUGGAGACCGUGUGGCAAGUCUACUACCCGAUGAUGAGGCCACUGAUCGAGAAAUUCUCCGCCAACGUGCCACGAUCUCCGGUGAGGGAGCUGCUCGAGAUGGAGCCGGAAACUGCCAAGUUCAGCCCUGCCGAGAGGACCUAUGACGGGAAGGUCCGCGUGACGGUGGAGGUCGUCGGGAAGGGCAAGUUCAAAGGCGUCGGCCGCAGCUACCGGAUCGCCAAGUCGGCGGCGGCGCGCCGAGCUCUGCGCAGCCUCAAAGCCAAUCAACCUCAGGUCCAGAACAACUGAGCUCCCAGCAUUAGCACCUAAGCUAUCGACGCGAUCGAGAGUCGGCAACAGCGGCGGCGGCGGCGGCUUCGGCUUCCUCACACAGCGGACGCCCCGUAUCUUCAGUCUGUGACGGCACAAACAUGGCAGCCGGGGAGCACUGUGUGGAGACGGAAGCAGACUGAUCUCACCACAAAUCUCACAUCAGAUCUUUUACCCCCUUUUCAAUCCUCUUUGUUCUUUUCUUUUUUUUCUUUUUUCUUUUUUCUGUUGCGCAAACACAAUCUUUUACUUUUUCUCUCUCUGCUUUGUGUAAUCACAUGAGUGCUUUAUUAACGUUUAGCAAAGUGUUUAAAAGGAAAAAAAAAAUGACAAAAAAACAGGUCAGGUCGCCGUGUCAAUUCCUCGCUGUUUUAUUUUUUGGUUUUUAAUCUCUGUGUCAGUGAGAUGAGGCUUUUUUGCUUAUUGUGUUGUAUUAGAUUGUACAUAGUUCAAUCAGAGGUGUAAAUCAAAGUAUGUAGGAAGAAGAAAAGAGAGAAAAAAAAAAAAGAAAACGCUAAACUCCUCAGCCUGUGCACUAGUGCCAGUCAGUUUUAAAGCGGUUUUGAAAACGCUAACGGCAGACGUGGCUCGCAGAUCCCGCCGGAGCGCAAAACCUCCGGCGGCUCCUCUGUCGGAAAUCUGUCUUGAAAAUGGUAUUCUUGAUCAUUUUUUGCACUUAUUCCAUUAGGGUCUGUUCUUUUGAGAAUUGUAUGGUCACAUUGACACCAAAAUCAUAUUACGUAGCAAAGUAUAUAAAUAUAUAUAUAAGAAAAAGAAGAGAAAAAAAAAAAAGACAAGCCUAUAAAAUACAUGAAUGAUAUUGUCGGCCUUAGAUGCUGAGGCUCACCCUCAUAUCCUGCAAAACGGAUAGGAAUUCCAACAUUCCCAGUUACUGUAAUUUAAAAUCCUUUUUAACCGCACUUGAGGUUGCAUGUUCUUGUAGCUUAUUGUAUAAAAAAAAAAAAAACAACAAAAAAAAAAACAAACCAUGACAACUGGAUGGCUUCUAUAAAUGUUCCAAAUCUACGGAUAUAUCUAGAGUUAUGUGAGAGAAGGAUUCGGUGUUUUAUGGCAUUAUCUCUGUGAUUCGGCUCCGCGCGUUUUGAUACUACGAGCGGACGGACGCCGAAUCGGCCCUCCGCCUCGCACUAUAAAAUGUCUUUCCAGACCGAGCGAAUCAUCCCGUUUUGAUACCGAGAAGAAGAAAGACAUAUCACACGUUCAAUAUGCUGCAGACUUUUUCUACGAAUUGGAUCUUUUUUUUUUUUUUUUUUUGAAAUUGUCUUUGUGGGGAAAAAAAAAAAAAAGGCCGGCUCAUUUCAACGCACCAGUGUUUCCUCGCGUCCCGUAACCUACCAAAGCUAGAGCAGAUGUGACACUUCGGAGGCUGAAGUCAAUUCCUGGGGAUAAAACAACCAGACGCUUUGUGUUUUUUGUUUGGUUUGGUUUUUUUUUUCCGACAAAUUUAGCUCCUCGCUGAAAGUCUUUUUUUUCAUCAAUAAGCCCUUUUUCACUUGAAUACCUCAGUUAACUGCAUGCAUUUUCUUGUCUUCAUUGUUUAUUUUCCUUUUAAUUUUUUUUUUCUGUUUGGUGCUAUGUUUUUUUUUUGUAUUAAGCUUGAAUUUCUCAUCUUUUUUUGCACUGUAACUAUAAUACCUCUUUAUUUGACCCUCUUGUUUGGAAAUCUGGUUCGGUUUUUGCUCGUCCUGUCCGACAGGAGUGGACGACUCCCUCCCACCCCCCUCUCUCUCGGGGGGCGGGGGCGUCGGGACAGAAAGUGUUGUUCUCGCACAUAUAAGCCUAACUCGUUUCUUCUCGCUCGUCGGCGAUUCGCCGUUUCUGAAUCUGUUUGAAAGCAGGAUUGGUCGACGGGGAUCAGGACCUGCAGAGGUUAAUCAGAUUGCACUCUUGAUUAAUUAAUUAAUCCCAAAAAAAAAAAAUUGGGCAGAGGACUAGCCGUCUCCUAUUGAUCAGAUGGAAUCAGCCCACACGCAGGUGUUUCUACCUCAAGCGACUCCGUUUCAACCCCACGAAAUCCUCGGUUUUCCUCCCCCCUCACAGUCAUUUGUGCCUCACGUCUUGAGUUUAAAGACCGGAGGCACAAAUCUCAGUGCCUUCUCUAUGAAUGUGUUGAUAGAGCAAAAAAAAAAGAA